ACGUCAAACUCAAUUAAUCAGAAAUCACAAAAGGAGAGAAAAUAUCAGACAGUCCUCACUCAUCAUCUAAACCCCAAUUAGAUUUGGUUUGGUUGCAGCAGAUCACACACUCAACUCUCUUUCUUUCUUUCUAGGGUUUCAUCUUUCAACUUCAAUCUCAAUCAAUCAUCUACAUUGCCACAAACUUACAGACCAGAUUCCUCUAGGGUUUAUUAAUCCAAAACUAUGAUGGAUCGAUCAAGAUCUAAACGCUACUAUUACGAUCAGGACUAUGACCACAUGGACAGUUUUCCUAGAACUAAACAACGCUACAACUACAACAACAGCCACCAUUACGGCCCUAACAACAACCACAACCACCACCACCAGCAGCCGCAGCGGCGGAGCAUCGCCGGUGGCCGGAAAGUGCAGGAUCCCUCGUCCCUGAUGGUUACCACAAGUUACCGGAUCCUAUGUCACGAUGCGAAAGCCGGAAGCGUGAUAGGGAAGUCAGGGAGUAUAAUCAAGGCAAUCAGGCAACACACAGGGGCUUGGAUUAAUGUUCAUGAAUUGAUUCCGGGGGACGAGGAGAGGAUAAUUGAGAUAUCCGAUACGCGGCGGAGGGAUCCGGAUGGGAGAAUGCCGAAUUUUUCGCCUGCGCAAGAGGCCUUGUUGUUGAUACAUGAGAGGAUAUUGGAGAGUGAUGGGGGUAUGGGGGGUUAUGGGGGUAUGGGGGAUGAGGAGGAGGAGGUGUAUAUGGGGAGUCGGAUGGUUUCGAGGUUGGUUGUGUCUCGGAUGCAUGUUGGUUGUUUGCUUGGAAAAGGUGGGAAGAUUAUUGAGCAGAUGAGGAUGGAGACUAAGACUCAUAUUAGGGUUUUGCCUCGAGAUCAUACCAUUCCGCGUUGUGUCGAUAUGUCUGAGGAAAUUGUUCAGGUUGUUGGUGACAUGGUCUCAGUAAAGAACGCAAUAGAAAUUAUCUCCUCACGAUUACGUGAAAGUCAACAUCGGGACCGUAGUCAUUUCCAGAACCGAAUGCAAUCACCUGAUCGGUUCUUUCCUCCCGAAGAUGAUUUCAUGCAUCACCCAAAUAACAUAAUCCGUCGACAAUCAAUGGACGGGAAUAACUACGGUCCCCGUUUAUCUGGUGGUCUAAACAAUUCUAGAAGCUUUAGUCAGGGCUCACGUCCAUCUGGUUAUGUUAACGACACUGCAGCUGACAAUGCUCAGUCACUAUAUGCAGAAGAUCUCGUGUUUAGAAUACUUUGUCCAAGUAGCAAGGUAGAUAGCGUUAUUGGGCAAUCCGAUGGGUUUAUGGAGUUGCUUCAGAAUGAAAUUGGUGUCGAAGUUCGGGUCGCUGAUCGUGUGGCUGGGUCAGAUGAACAAAUAAUCAUCAUUUCUUCAGAGGAGGGCCCUGAUGACGAUCUGUUUCCUGCUCAAGAAGCACUUUUGCAUAUUCAGACUCGAAUUCUGGAUCUUGUUCCUGAAAAAGAAAAUUUUAUCACUACUCGUCUUUUACUGUCUGCUGGUGAAAUCGCGUGUUUGGAUGCAAGAGAUGGGUUCUUAGCGGAAACCAAGAAAAUGACGGGUGCAGAUAUUCAGAUUCUGCCCAGAGAUAAUCUUCCACAGUUUGUAUCAGUUAAUGAUGAACUUGUACAGAUUGUUGGAGAAAUCAGGGCCGCUAGAGAAGCUCUUGUGGAGUUGACAUUGAGAUUACGGAGUUAUAUAUUUCAAGGGUUAUUCCAAAAAGACGGUCAACCCAGUCCGUUUCUUGCACCGAGCCCUGUGGGGAGUGCUUCAAAUUUUGAAGCAGCUUCUAGCAAUAACCCUACUUCUACCGUUGCAUCCAGCCAAACGACAGCCGCACCCAUUCCAGCAAAGAAUAACGGGGGAUCUAACAGUGAAGCUGUAAAUCAAACUGAAACUGGGAGUUGUGACGAUGCACCAGGUGCAACAAACAGGAUUGCUGUGCCGCUGGUUACUAGGAGUAUACUAGAAGUUGUCAUACCAGAGUAUGCGGUCCCCAAGCUGAUAACAAAGUCAAGAAAUAAACUCGCUCAGAUCAGUGAACUUUCGGGAGCCAAUGUUAAAUUGGUUGAUACAAGCCCAGAAGCAAUGGAGCAUAUCAUCCAAAUAUCUGGUACCCCGGAGCAGGCUGAAAGAGCCCAGAGUUUGCUCCAAGGAUUUAUUUUGAGCACCCAAGAAGAUGGUCCUUGAAAAACAUCAAGGAGUCUUAUAUGUGGAGUACCAACAUGUAAUAGUCCCAAACAAGGAGGGAUAAAAGUACUAAACUAGGUACAUGAAUUAGUAUUAUAGGAUGAUACAAAGUGAGCACCAUAAUUGUAAUUUUCAUGUUGUACUAAUGCUUAUGCAUGAUUGUGUUGAUGCUUGAAAAAAAUUGUGCUUGAUGCAUCAUUGAGUUGUAUGAGUUCUUGAUCAUUAUUUCUUCCAAUGGCCCUUAGGCUUUUA